GGGGAGCACAAACAGGUGUGACAGAACAGUGGGAACUAAGAACACCAGAGCUGCAUAGCUGUUACACAGAGAUGAGAGUGGACUCCUCUUCCCAGCUCAGACUCUGUCAUUUGGACCAUGAAGAUCUGGUGGUUCCUGCUUACCAUGGGAGUCUGUAUAGGGAACAUAAACUCACAGGACACGUGCAGGCAAGGGCACCCUGGCAUCCCAGGGAAUCCUGGUCACAACGGUCUGCCUGGGAGAGAUGGAAGAGAUGGAGCAAAGGGUGACAAAGGGGAUGCAGGAGAACCAGGACAUCCUGGUGGCCCAGGGAAGGACGGAAUAAGUGGAGAGAAAGGAGAACGAGGAGCAGAUGGAAAAGUUGAAGCAAAAGGCAUCAAAGGUGAUCAAGGCUCCAGAGGAUCCCCAGGGAAGCAUGGGCCAAAGGGAUCUGUUGGACCCAUGGGAGAGAAAGGGCUCCAAGGAGAGACUGGCCCUCAAGGGCAGAAGGGGGAUAAGGGUGAUGUGGGUCCCACUGGUCCAGCAGGUCUAACAGGCAAUGACGGACCUUUGGGCCCCACUGGCUUACCUGGCCCUGUAGGUCCCAUUGGCAAGCCAGGUCCCAGGGGAGAAGCUGGACCUGUGGGACCCCAGGGUGAACCAGGAGUCCGGGGAGUAAGAGGCUGGAAAGGGGAGCGAGGAGAAAAAGGGAAAAUGGGUGAGACUCCAGUCUUGCCGAAGAGUGCUUUCACUGUGGGGCUCACAGUGCUGAGCAAGUUUCCUCCUUCUGAUGUACCCAUUAAAUUCGACAAGAUCUUAUAUAACGAAUUCAACCAUUACAAUGUAGCUACGGGGAAAUUCACUUGCCAUAUUGCUGGGGUCUAUUACUUCACCUACCACAUCACUGUUUUCUCCAGGAAUGUGCAGGUAUCUUUGGUCAAAAAUGGGGUAAAAGUACUGCAUACCAAGGAUGGUUAUAUGAGCUCUGAGGACCAGGCCUCUGGUGGUAUUGUCCUGGAGUUGAAGCUUGGGGAUGAGGUGUGGAUGCAGGUGACAGGAGGAGAAAGGUUCAAUGGCUUGUUUGCGGAUGAGGACGAUGACACAACGUUCACAGGCUUCCUUCUCUUCAGCAGCUCAUGACAGAAGAUUGUAUAGAUGCCUCACCAUUGGUCAGAAUUAGCUUUAAUUUACUUGAGGAUUUGACUGUAUUAAUUCCUUCAAUUAUUGCAGUAAUCUUUAAAAGGUGCAAAUGGGAAAGUCACUCCUAAAAAAUUGUUUCUGUGUAAUUUACAAUCCUCCAAAGAGUAAAAUUUUAAAUAGUUGCCCUA